AAAAGAAGCAUCACUCCACUAUUUACAAUCGUCUUUAUCCACCCUUGCACCCUUUUCUUCCUCCCUUUCUUUCCCUCUCGCCGGAAUCUGACACAAUCCACCGGAAAACCACUUUCCCUUCCCAAGAUGUAACAAUGACAACCACGCCAACGACACCGCAACCACCGCCACAUUCAACAACAACCACAGUAAGAAAACUCAUCGUAGAAGUCAUCGAAGCUCGCGAUCUCCUCCCGAAGGACGGCCAAGGAAGCUCAAGCCCAUAUGUCGUAAUCGACUUCGACGGACAGCGAAAACGGACCCAGACCAAGAUAAGAGAUCUCAACCCUAUAUGGAACGAGCAGCUCGAAUUCCUGAUCGUCGAUCCGAAGACGAUGGAAGCGGAAGUGCUCGAUGUGGAGGUCUUCAACGAUAAGAGGAUCGGGAGCGGCGGAGGGAGUGGCCGUAAGAACCACUUCCUCGGCCGCGUCCGUCUUAACGGGACCCAGUUCCCAAAGAAAGGAAAUGAAGGGCUGAUAUUCUUCCCUUUAGAGAAGAAAAACAUACUUAGUUGGGUGAGAGGUGAAAUUGGGAUGAGAAUCUACUACGUCGAUGAAGUAAUCGAAGAGCAGAAUCCCGAUCCGCCGCCGCCGGAACCGGAGAAGAAUCCUCCGCCACCGCCGCCGGAGGUGGUGAACCCUCCGGUCCCAACGGAUACUGCUAUUGAGAUUCAAACUGUGCCGACGGUGAUCGUCGAAGAACCAGUGCAUUCGACUGUAGUCCAUUCGGAGCAGGGACCUGAUCAUCAGGCACCGCCGGAAUUUCCGCCGGAGGUGAGGAAGAUGCAGACGCCGCCGGCGGGGGAGCGGGUUAGGGUUCUGAGGAGACCGAACGGCGAUUUCGCGCCGAGAGUGAUAACAGGGAGAUUUACCAACGAGAAGACGGAGCGGGGUCAUGCCUAUGAUCUGGUGGAGCCAAUGCAGUAUUUGUUCAUACGAAUCGUCAAAGCACGCGGCAUAUCAACGGCUGAGAAUGCUUACGUGAAGAUCAGGACAGGGACCCACUCCGUACGGUCGAAGCCUGCGGCGUAUCAUAGACCGGGGGAAGCUCCUGGAAAUCCGGAGUGGCAACAGGUGUUUGCUCUGGCACAUAAUCGGACGGAUUCAGGUGCUGCGACACUGGAGAUUUCGGUUUGGGAUGGGCCCACCGAAUCUUUCCUUGGUGGGGUCUGCUUCGAUUUAUCGGACGUGCCGGUACGGGACCCGCCGGAUAGCCCGUUGGCUCCUCAAUGGUACCGGCUCGAGGGCGGAGAUGAGAUGAAUCCAGGUGGGCGUCAUGUUUCCGGCGACAUUAUGUUGUCGGUCUGGAUCGGGACUCAGGCCGAUGAUGCAUUUCCCGAGGCUUGGAAUUCCGACGCGCCGUACGUUGGCCACACACGAUCAAAGGUUUACCAGUCACCGAAGCUGUGGUAUCUACGGGUGAGUGUUAUCGAAGCACAAGAUCUGCACGUUGGUAUCGGUGGCCCACCUCCAGAUGUCCGUGUGAAGGCGCAGCUAGGAUCUCAGUCCCUGCGGACGCGCCGGUCCUCGAGCCAUCACAGCUCUUCAUUUUCCUGGCACGAGGACCUGAUCUUCGUCGCCAGCGAGCCGCUCGAGGAUCAGUUAAUAAUCCUCGCCGAGGAUCGGUCGAGCAAGGACGCAGCGCUGCUUGGCCACGUCAUGAUCGCAUUGGGAUCGAUCGAGCAACGGCUGGAUGAGCGACAGGUGGCGUCGAAAUGGUACGGGCUGGAAGGUGGGAGUAGGUCCGUGCAGCCAGGGGCGGGGUACUGUGGUCGGAUACAUCUCAGGCUUUGCUUGGAAGGGGGAUAUCACGUGCUGGAUGAGGCCGCGCACGUGUGUAGUGAUUUCCGUCCAACGGCCAAGCAGCUCUGGAAACCUCCCGUCGGCGUCCUCGAGCUGGGGAUUCUUGGCGCUCGAGGACUGCUGCCGAUGAAAACGAAAGGUGGGGCCAAAGGGGCCACCGAUGCCUAUUGCGUGGCCAAGUACGGGAAGAAAUGGGUCCGGACCCGAACCAUCACAGAUUGCUUUGAUCCACGGUGGAAUGAGCAGUACACGUGGCAGGUCUACGAUCCGUGCACCGUCCUCACCAUCGGCGUCUUCGACAAUUGGAGGAUGUUCGCUGACGUGGCGGAGGGGAAGCCCGACUACCGCAUCGGGAAAGUUCGGAUCCGGGUAUCAACGCUGGAGAGCAAUCGGGUCUACACGAACUCGUACCCGCUGCUCGUGCUCCUGCAGUCGGGUCUGAAGAAGAUGGGCGAGAUCGAGGUGGCGGUACGGUUCGGCUGCCCGGCUCUGCUGCCCGAGACCUGCGCGAUGUACGGGCAGCCGCUGCUACCGCGGAUGCACUACCUUCGUCCGCUGGGGGUGGCGCAGCAGGAGGCGCUGCGGGGCGCUGCCACAUGGAUGGUGGCCGCGUGGCUUGCAAGGUCCGAGCCACCGCUUGGAGUGGAGGUCGUGAGGUACAUGCUCGAUGCGGACUCGCACGCGUGGAGCAUGCGGAAGAGCAAGGCCAACUGGUUUCGGAUCAUGGCCGUGAUCGCGUGGGCCAUUGGAUUGGCGAGAUGGAUCGAUGACAUCAGACGGUGGAGGAAUCCCGUCACGACUGUGCUGGUGCACGUGUUAUACCUGGUGCUCGUGUGGUACCCUGAGCUAAUCAUCCCCACCGUUUUUUUGUACGUGUUCCUUAUCGGCGCAUGGUACUACCGAUUCCGGCCCAAGAUCCCAGCGGGCAUGGAUAUCCGUUUAUCACAGGCGGAUACCGUUGAUCCGGACGAGCUUGAUGAGGAAUUCGACAGUGUUCCGAGCUCGAAGCCGCCGGAGAUCAUCCGGACCCGGUACGAUCGGCUGCGGACGCUAGCGGCCAGGAUCCAGACCGUACUGGGAGAUAUCGCCACUCAAGGGGAGAGAUUGCAGGCGUUGGUUAGCUGGAGGGACCCACGGGCCACACGUCUGUUCAUCGGGGCAUGUUUGAUGGUGGCGAUCGUUCUCUACGUGGUCCCACCGAAGAUGGUGGCCGUUGCUCUCGGAUUCUAUUUCCUUAGGCACCCUAUGUUCCGGGACCCGAUGCCGCCCGCGAGUUUGAAUUUCUUCAGACGGCUUCCCAGCUUAUCUGAUCGGUUGAUUUAGGUGUGGGGCCCAGUUUUUUGAGGUGGGGUAUGUUUGUGGCCUGUGUACUCGCAGCUGUAACCUAUUAAAAAAAGAAAAAGAAAAAAAAGGCAAUAAUGACUACAUGUGAGAAAAGGGCUGGGGAUUAGUUGAAUUCAUUGACUAAGAAUAACAACAAGUGACUGUGGUUUUUCCUCCUGGAGUUGAUAAAAAGUUGAUACUCUGACAGAGUGUGAUAGUUGAUAUACAGGCGCUUAGAUAUGAUUUUGAAACUGCAUGUGUAAUGAAUGUAACCGAAUUUAAGCUGUCCUAUUUAUGGGUGACAGUUUAAAUGUAUCAUUAACUAAAAAUUAUACUUCUUUUUUA